AAGAAAAAAAAGAAAAAUUAAGCACCAACUAUUUUAGCAGGGUGUUCUCGUUCCAACCGAAGUACACUGCAGCUCCAACCUACGCCCUAACGGCUAUUGCUGUAUAGUAUAGACAUAAAGAGAAGUAAAUGGGGAAGAGUAGAUCGUCCACCAAUAGGUGGAGGUACAUCAAUCCAUCUUACUAUUUGAAACGCCCCAAGCGUCUCGCAUUGCUUUUCAUUGUUUUCGUAUUCGGUACAUUCUUCUUUUGGGAUCGACAAACGUUAGUCCGAGACCACCAGGAAGAGAUCUCUAAGUUGCAUGAAGAAGUGAUACGGUUGCAAAAUCUGCUGGAAGAGUUGAAGAAUGGUCGAGGUGUAUCGGGUGAAAAGGUGAAUUUUAGUCGCACUGGUGGUGAUGUGCUGAAGAAAAAGGAUUUCGCUGAAGACCCCAUUGAUGCUCAGCGAAGAGAAAAAGUGAAAGAUGCUAUGCUUCACGCCUGGAGUUCAUAUGAAAAAUAUGCCUGGGGCCACGAUGAACUUCAGCCACAAACAAAGAAGGGUGUUGACAGUUUUGGUGGUCUUGGGGCCACAUUAAUAGAUUCUCUUGACACACUAUAUAUCAUGGGCCUGGAUGAGCAGUUUCAGAGAGCUAGAGAGUGGGUUGCAAGCUCAUUGGAUUUCAACAAGAAUUAUGAUGCCAGUGUUUUUGAGACAACCAUAAGAGUUGUUGGUGGACUUCUUAGUGCAUAUGAUCUCUCUGGUGAUAAGCUUUUCCUUGAUAAGGCUAAAGAUAUUGCUGACAGACUGUUGCCUGCAUGGAAUACACCAUCUGGCAUCCCUUACAACAUUAUCAACUUGUCACAUGGAAAUCCGCAUAAUCCUGGGUGGACAGGGGGUAAUAGUAUCCUGGCAGAUUCUGCCUCUGAGCAGCUUGAAUUUAUUGCUCUUUCGCAAAGGACAGGAGACUCAAAGUAUCAACAGAAGGUGGAGAAUGUUAUCGUAGAACUUAAUAGAACUUUUCCAGUUGAUGGUUUGCUUCCAAUACACAUUAAUCCCGAGAGAGGGACAACGUCAUACUCCACUAUAACAUUUGGGGCCAUGGGGGACAGCUUUUAUGAAUAUUUACUCAAGGUCUGGAUACAAGGAAACAAAACAGCUGCUGUGGGACACUACAGAAAAAUGUGGGAGACAUCAAUGAAAGGCCUUUUAAGCUUGGUGCGGAGGACUACCCCAUCAUCUUUUGCUUAUAUUGGUGAGAAGAUCGGAAGUUCUUUAAAUGACAAGAUGGAUGAACUUGCAUGCUUCGCUCCAGGAAUGUUAGCUUUAGGGUCGUCUGGUUAUGGUCCUGACGAGUCUCAGAAGUUCUUAUCACUCGCAGAAGAGCUUGCUUGGACUUGCUAUAACUUCUACCAGUCAACACCUUCAAAAUUGGCAGGAGAAAACUAUUUCUUUAAUGAUGAUGGGCAGGAUAUGACCGUGGGCACAUCGUGGAACAUACUAAGGCCAGAAACGGUUGAGUCUCUGUUUUACCUCUGGCGUUUAACUGGAAACAAGACAUACCAAGAGUGGGGUUGGAACAUAUUUCAAGCAUUUGAAAAGAACUCGAGAAUAGAGUCUGGAUAUGUUGGACUUAAAGAUGUUAAUACCGGUGUGCAAGACAAUAUGAUGCAAAGCUUUUUCCUUGCGGAGACUCUUAAAUAUCUCUACCUUCUUUUCUCACCCUCUUCAAUCAUUCCACUAGAUGAGUGGGUCUUCAACACAGAGGCCCACCCCAUAAAAAUUGUUAGCCGGAAUGAUCCAGCAGUCAGUUCUGGAAGGUCAGUUGGACAAACAAAAUCAUAUAGGCGGCCACGGACCAGGAGAGAAGGCCGAUUUGGUAAUAAGUAGCUUCACAGGUCAUCAUUAGUUUAGUUGUUGAUUCAGAAGGCCGAUUUGGGAUUUGGGAUUCAAGUGCAAUUUAGCUUGGCACUUCUUAACCAGAUUGUAGCAUAGUUAUUUAGUUUCUUUUUUCUACGCUAACUUAAUACUAGCGACUGUAUUCUAGUACAGGGCAUUUGGUUGCGGGUAGCUCUAUAUUUUUUGGGGCUGGACGAGUAUAUGUAUAUCAUACCUUUUUAUUUUGUGUUUUUUAAAUAAUAAAUAUAGUAGGUAAAUUCUAUGCGAAAAA